UUGCAGCACGACGCGGAUCGAGAUGGCCUGAUUGAUAUACGCGAGCUGAAGGGUCUCAUUUCGUGUGGCCGUUGCCACGAUAUACCCCCACACAUAACCGAGCAGAUAUUGCGCCGCAGUGAUACGGACAACAAUGGGCAUCUGGACUUUGAGGAGUUCUACACCAUGUCGCUGCACCACAAGUGGAUGAUACGUAAUAUGCUGACCAGGUAUUGCCGGUAUGUGGUGCCGCCGCCUCGUCCGCUGGAGGGCGAUGAGCCAGAUGGCGCGUACGAGAAGCAAAUGUCCAUCUGUCCGCCGCCACUGACCAUGGUCAUUUUCUCCAUUAUUGAGAUCAUCAUGUUUCUGGUGGACGUCAUUUACUUUCAGGACGAUCCCAAUCACAACCAGCGCCUGGGCGAGAGCACCAAUGGUCCAGCGGCGACGCUCUUUAUUUACAAUCCGUACAAGAGGUACGAAUCGUGGCGCUUCCUCAGCUACAUGUUCGUGCACGUGGGCAUCAUGCACCUGAUGAUGAACCUGAUCAUACAGAUCUUUCUUGGCAUCGCCCUGGAGCUGGUGCAUCACUGGUGGCGAGUGGCGCUUGUCUACUUAGCCGGCGUCCUGGCCGGCUCCAUGGGCACCUCACUGACCAGUCCCCGCAUCUUUUUGGCAGGCGCCUCAGGCGGAGUCUAUGCUCUGAUCACUGCCCAUAUUGCCACGAUCAUUAUGAACUACUCGGAAAUGGAGUAUGCGAUUGUCCAGCUUCUUGCAUUCCUUGUGUUCUGCUUCACCGAUCUGGGUACGUCAGUUUAUCGGCAUCAGACUGACCAGCAUGACCAGAUUGGAUACAUUGCACAUUUGUCUGGAGCCGUAGCCGGCCUCCUCGUGGGCAUCGGGGUGCUACGUAACCUGGAGGUGCGUCGCUGGGAGCGCUAUCUAUGGUGGAUAGCUGUCAUCAUCUACUUUGCCCUCAUGACCACCGGCAUCAUUGUGCACAUCUUUGUGCCCGACUACUUUCCCAAAGCCGAAUACAACUGAGAUCUGGACCAAUGACAAAUUAGUUUUAAGCCGCACAGCCCUAGCCUUAGCCUUAACCUUAGUCUCAGGUUGUCCAUGUAUAUGUCCAAAGUGCACUUGAUUUUGAUCUUGAUCUAGGCCAUCCCUUAGCUUGAGUACGUGUAGUUCGAUAAGUUUCAAUCACCAUUCUCCUUGUAUUACUAACAUUUACUAUCCCUCUAUAUUUGCCAGUACUUAUCCAACCCAUCGUAUUUUCCCCCUAGCCUCAUAAUUCCAUAACAAAU